UAAAAAUAUAUUAUUUCCUUAUAAAAAUAUAUUAAAAACUAUUUUUCUAUAUUUGAAUGAUCAUUGAAUAGGUCUUCAAAUAUCUGUCAAAACACUUCUCGACGAAAAUGUGAAAAAUGAAAUCCGAUUCGCAAACAGAUAUCGAAAUCAUAUGAAUAAACAGCCGAUGAUUGUUGUCUUCACGUCAGACCACAAACAAAAUUAUUCGUCUAAUAAACUCAAAGAAUUCAAUAGUAAAUAUGAUUACGGAUUCUCUGCACUGAAUGGCGAGAACUCGGAUGCGAUUGAAUUGAAUGAAGACUUGAAUCCAUCGCCGGACCCAUCACUCACAGCAACCAAUGAAUCAUUUAUAGUGUCAGAUAGUGUGCCAUCAAAUGGUGGCACAUCUUCCCCUUCUUCUUAUACGCCAAACAGCGUCUGCAGCGGUCGUCAGCUCUCUAUUGAUUUCGAGAGCAUCGGCUGGUCGUCGUGUAUAAUAUCCCCAAAAGGUUUCACAACAUAUUUAUGUGAAGGAAAGUGCGUUAAUCGCGCCAACCCUAAGAGCUCGACGUUAAGUGACAGUAGUUUCGGAAGUGCGAGUCGUUUGCGACCCUAUUAUUGGACGCAGAAGGGGAAGAGGAGCCGACACGCGGACUGUUGUUUCGCAAACAAAUUCAAUGCAAUGAAUGCGUUGUUCUUCGACGACAGAGGAAAUGUUGUCCUCAAACGCUUUGAUCGGCUUUUGGUGCAGAGCUGUGGCUCAAUCUCC